AUGGUAGAUUCGACUUAUCGAUCGAAUUCAUUCUCUGAUGAUGAUGACGAUGACUUCUUUAUGGGAAAUAUAGGUGAUGCUAAUGAUGAAUCACCACCAAUAGAAAACGUUUAUGUGGAUGCUGAACCAAGUAAUAAGGAUCAACAGAAGUUAGACAAGACUAGCGACAAUGAGGAAGAAGAUUCAGAUUCUAGUGACGAACCAAUACAGAAUAAGCGCAAGUCCGAGGCGGUAAGUGAUGCUGAGUCCGAUGAUAAUGUUAUAGUUUUAGAUUCUUCAGAAUCUGAUGAAGAUAAUGCUAAACCUUCACCACGAAAUAGAAGGACUCGUAUUACUAGAAACUCUUCCAAGACUACAGGGGUAGUACCAUCGAGGUCACCGACUCCACCGAGAAGAACUAAGAGAUCAAGAACUACGCCUAAUAUUGCCAAUAAUUUUCUUGAACCUGAUGAAAAUGAUGAAUUCUUCAAACAAAUUGCCAAAGAUUUUAACCACACGCCUCUGGGCACUAGAGAGACCACACCAGAACAACCGAGAAGGAUUUACAACGUUAGAUUUCUCUCAAAAUUGGAUGGUUCCAUCGAUAAAGCUGUACAAAUCAAAGUUUUAGGGAAAUACGAUUUUGCAAGUAUGCUUCCAUCCGUAUUAAAUGGAUUCAUUAGAGAAUACAAAAUCCCCAAUGUGAUGAAGAAAAUCUAUUCACAGGAAAAUGUAACAUUAUACUGGAAGACAGCCAAAUUACUAAAUUUCAUGACCUGUAAUUCUUUAAAGAUCCCACAAGCCUUUGAGAAUGAAAUAUCCGAUAUCGAUAUUACUGUAAUUCCCAAGGAAAAAGAGAAUGAGUUCGAGCAGAUGAUCAAUUCAAGAUUGUUAGAAGAUGAACAGAACCCUCCUGAUACGGCAGAAACUGGUAAUUUAGAUGCAAGAGUGGAAGAAUUCGAAAAAGAACUCAAAAAUGUCGAUAACUCCACCACAAAUCAUGAAACAACAGAGCUCAUAGACCUUGAAGAUGAAGGUGAUACAGAUUUGAUGAAGAUUGCCCUCGUGGGCGAGGAUAACAAGAAAAUCUUUGUCAAUGUAAGGAACACCACUAUUUUGACUAAAGUGGCGGAAUAUUAUAGAAUCAAGAAGAAAUUACCCAAAGAUAUCAAUAUAAAACUAAUUUUCGAUCAUGAAGAACUAAACCUUAAUGAAAGUAUCGGUGAUCAGGACAUGGAAGAUGAGGAUAUGAUCGAAGUUUUGACAAAAUAA